AUGAGUUUAUGUCCGAAUAUCUCCAACUCGGUCACAUGCAACCUGUGCUUUGACUUUGAGCCGCAGCCUGUCUGCUAUAUUCCCCACCACGGUGUUUAUAAAGGCUCAAGCUCAACUACAAAACUACGAACCGUUUUUAACGCAUCACGUAAAAUGAAAUGUGGUAGGUCACUAAACGACUGCUUGCUUGUUGGACCAAAGCUCCAAAACGAUUUAUCCGCAAUUAUAUUGAAUUGGCGAUGGCACAAGAUCGCAUUUACGGCCGACAUCGAAAAAUGUUUCCGACAAAUCUUGGUUGACCAUAAGGACGCAGAUAUGCAACGAAUCUUUUGGAAAGAUGAACAUGGCCAGCCUUGCCUAUAUCGCUUACUUACAGUAACUUACGGACUCAACUGUUCGCCUUACUUAACCAUUAAAGUUCUCCAUACUUUGGCGAAAGAUGAGGGUACAGAAUUUCCAGAAGCAGCAGAUGUUUUAAAGGAAUGUUUUUACGUAGAUGACUGUUUAAGCGGCGCUAGCUCUGUUGAUAAGGCAGUGGAAUUACAACAGCAAUUACAGAUUUUGCUACAGCGCGGCGGAUUUACACUGCGAAAAUGGAAUUCCAAUUCCGGAGAUUUUCUUCAAAAAAUUCAAGGAACAAAUGCCAAUAAAAUAUGUGCGCUUGAUUCGGACCAAGACACUAAAGCACUGGGAAUUUAUUGGUCAUGCCAGGAUGACUAUAUUGGGUACAAGGUAAAAGUGAGCGUAGUUUCCGUAGCAAUCACUAAAAGACAGCAGCUUUCCGACGUUGCAAAAAUUUAUGAUCCUGCUUGCUUGCUGGCUCCUAUCAUCAUCACUGGCAAGCGUAUGUGCCAAGAUCUUUGGCGUACCGGAUGUACGUGGGAUGACCCGAUUCCCGAACCUUACCAGAGUGAAUGGAUAAAAUUCCGUGAUGAGAUGCCACUGAUGGAAAACGUAGAAAUUCCGAGGUGGCUUUUCACAGCGGACGACAUAGAAGAAGCUCAGUUGCACGUAUUCUGUGACGCGUCAUCAGCAGCCUUCGCAGCCGUCGCGUAUCUACGGGUGACGCAGUUGAACGGUGAAAUAAAAGUAUCUAUUAUCAUGGCGAAGACCAAGGUGGCACCGUUAAAGAAACGAACCAUACCCUGUUUGGAACUAAAUGGAGCAGUGCUUGCGAGUACUUUAACCUGCAAAAUUCUUGAAACUCUGCAGCUUAAAUCUACUCACACAUGGUACUGGUGUGAUUCGAAGACAGUGAUCAGCUGGAUUCGGUCCAAUCCUGGACAGCAUAAGCAGUAUGUUGCCAACCGGAUAGCAAAGAUUCAGGAGAUGACAAAUGUAGACGCGUGGCGGUACGUGCCCACUAAAUGCAAUCCGGCUGAUGUCGCGUCUCGUGGCAUUUACCCUUCGCAACUUGAAGACCUUAGCAUAUGGUGGGCGGGCCCCACAUGGCUACAAAAGGACGAAAGCUAUUGGCCAGCAAGCAUCGUGAUUGAACCAACAAGCACCCAGGCGGCUGGGAACGACGAUCUUAGCAUUGUGUCACUAAUAUCGGUUCCUAAGCCUGAUGACUGGAUUCUUCAAAAAUACUCGUGUAUCCAAAAGCUACUAGCCGUCACUGCUUGGUGCCUGCGUUUUUCAGCUGUCGAAGCGACGCCAGCGCCAACGAGUAGUAUAAAUAUAGCGGUUCUGGAACCGGAGCAGCAGCAAUUUCACCGUUACUAUAUGGUUUGCUCCUGCUCCGGUUCCAGAACCGCUAUAAGGUUAUGGCCCAGCAUUGGCUUUGAAAUAUAA